AGGAGCCGCUGCAAGGCAUUAGCCAAUUGGCAAUGAGCUCACCUGAUUGCGGGGAGUGAUUUUAUCUGCCGCAACAAGAGGUCAUUCCAAGAGACGAAGAUACAACGCGAUAGGCGCCUAAUCCGACGCCUCUGACAAACACCAACAGGUCCUGUUUAAAAAGAACGAUGGUCGUCAAGAAGAGUAAAAGCGUCUCCCUGGACAGCCGAGAUAUGCAUUCUGUCUUUUCGCAGAUGAAAGGUUACGGACCGCUAAUGGCUUUGGGUAUAAUUGCGGUGCUGUCCGUCUGUGCUGCGUUCUUCAUUUACCGAUCGGCGAAGGGACAAAGUAAAAGAAACGGCGAAGAUUCAGUGACUGAACAUAUGGAGGAAGACGAGAAGAAGAGAACAGCUGAAAAUAAACACACAGAGUCAACAGGGGUCAUGGAGGAAUCUCAGGCAAUGAAUGCAGGUGAUCCCUCAGAGGAGUUGCCGGUGGGGUCCCCAUUUGACACCAGCGACCUCGCUUCUGCACUGCACGACAUGGAGGAAGAAGCGGGUGACGCUUGGCGUGAGUCUGCCAUCACUGAAGACGACACAUCUCAGGACCAUUCCGGUGCUCCAAAGGUCGACCACAACGACCCCACUGACCCCUCUGCAGCGCCUGGCGAACAGGGAGACGUGGAAGAACUGCAAGAUGCUGAAGUAAAACCCGAGUAUGACGACGACGACGACGACGACCUGGUGGUCCCUCAGUGUGGCAGAGACGACGACGGAGACUACGACGAAGACCAUAAAGGGCUUGUUGGCGACGUCAACGAUGCUUUGCAGGAGCUGUCUGACUAUCUGGAGAAAGACGGCCUGAAAAUGGACCUCGACCUGCUGCACAAGGAGAAGUCCGACGAGCAGCUAUGCAGUCCGGACAGCGCCUAUGGAGACGACGUCGAGCCCGAGCUGGAGAAGACGACGAGGGCCAGAGACCUGCGGAGCAGCUCUACGAACACCGUGGAUCAGGACUUCACAUACUACCAGCAGAGCUGUGCGGACUGCCCCACUGAGCCGCCUGCUACCCAGCAGAACCACCACCACCUCCGGGAUCAUGAGGAGAAAUGCACUGACGCCCUCACCAGCUGGCCUAUGCAAAGGAUCCAUAAGGACUCUGAGACCUUGAUGCGGCACCCCACGCAGCAGUAUACUCCAGACAUGCCGUUCUACAAGCCGGACUACCUGAGCUUCUCCCCGGAGGGUUUCCCCGUGAUGGACGGCUGCAUGAGAAUGAAGCCCGACAUGGUGAGCCCUCUAGCCCUGGAUCCUGUCCAGAGCAUUAGGAGCAACAGCAACGAGCAAGAGGACCAGGCGUCCAAGAGCGACAAGACCGAGAUCAACAUCAUGGAGGCCACCAUGGACAACAACGAAUGGCUGACGGGGAACGAGGGCCAGUCCGCCCCCGGUGCCGGCAGCAACGUGCCCUGGCACAGCCUGAGCGACAGCGGUGACGCUGAAGGCUCCUCCGUGGCUGAGGAGUCCCAGCAGGAUGCUGACUGGGACGCAGACAAAUCUGAGGUGUCCGAAGAGUGGUCCGAGACCUACACGUCUUCUGACCUCGACGACGACCUUGCUGCUGCUGCUGCUGCUGUGGCGGCCAAACGUGUUGCAGUCUCACCUGUGCCGCCACACCAGAAGGCCCGCGUCACCUUCUCCGUCCACUACGUCACGGAGCGGCCCGGCCAGCAGCUGGCCGUGACGGGCAACCGGCAGGAGCUGGGCGCCUGGAGGGGCUUCGUGCUGCUGCGGCGGCGGAACGGCGGCUUCUGGGCCAGCACUGUGGCACUCCCCGUGGACGACCGGGUGGAGUGGAAGUUCGUGGUGGUGGAGGACGGAGAGAUCUGCCGCUGGGAGGAGUGCGGUAACCGGCAGCUGGUGCUCACGGGACAGGAGGAUGAAAAUGUGCAUGUGCAGAGAUGGUGGGGGUGCCUCUGAAAAGGACUUCUGGGUAAAAACGGAAAAUGUCACCCAACUAUCCUCCUUUUCUCUGGGAAACCCAAAGGUUGUCGUUCUUGCAAUACGGAAAAAAUAUCUAUACAAUUACAUAGCAAUAAUGUAAUCUGGCAAUAUGUAAUGACAUUUAUGAGGUGCAAUAUGUUGUCUGUUUUGAGUUGGGAGAUAGUAUGAUUGUGAAUGCAGCAUGAUGCUUGGGGGGCGGGGGGUCACUUGAAAGAGAUGAAUGAUCUUACUAAUCCUGUGGUUUUUGCACUGGGAACUAUAGCAAUAUACCCAUGCUGCUUAUUUGUAUUUUAAAACAAAAUCCUAUGAAUGUAGUUGAAUCGUUAAAUCAAGUCUUUCUCUAAGGUAUGCUGGUAAUCAAGUGGUGUAGCGUGUUUUGUACGUCACAGUAUGCUAUGGGAAAAAUGACUAGUUAUUUCAGUGGAAUGUCUAAUCGGUUCACUGUCCUUCAAUGUAGGUGAAUUGUGUUUUUAUGUCAGAGUUACUCUGCUUUAUUCCACUCUUUCCUUAUGGGUUCACCCUUGAAAGCAGAUUUGACACUUUUUAAUCAGCUUUUAUGCACAGCUGACGAGCUUGGUUGGAUGGCUUUGUGUAACACAGGUGAUCUGGUUGGAUAGCUUUUGUGUAGCACAGGUGAUUCUGAUCGUUGAUUUUACUCUGGUGUGCCCUCUCAGCUGACUCCACUUUGAUGCCUUUAAUUCUACAGCAAUAUAAGUGUAUAUAGGUCAAUGUUUUACAUUUUUCUGUUUUCCAAUAUUUUUUUUGUCUGUAUUGGGAUUUUAACCGGUUUAGUCUUCACUUUUUUUGAUGGUUGUUCCACAGAUAGUUCUGGGUGGGGAGUAACACUGAGCACAGUUAAAAAAAUAUAUGCCCAUGUUGUUGACUGUUUUUAAACUCUGUUCAAAAAAGAAACUAUUUGCACUCUGUAAAUGUUCACUAAUGCCCCCUCCCUCACUUGCUCAUGUUCCCCACCGGUCAUCCUGACUUGUUUUGUAUUUCUGAAGGUGUGCGCGUGUUCUAGAGUGAAAAUGUUAUGUACGUUGUCAUUUUAACUGAUCAUAUGAACUUGUAUGAAAAAUCUAAUAAUAAAAGUAUUUCCUUGACAA